AUGGAGCGGCCGACUGAGGGUGGUCUACCGUCGGAGAAAUCCGACGGGGUGACAACCGCCAUAGCGGCGACCAGCCCUAUCGAUGAUGAAGCCCGCCCUGCAGUCUUCUCGUCCACUGUCCAGGAGAUUAUGUUUGUCGCCGUGGCGACCAUGGCGAUCGCCAUGUCCUCGCUCGUGAGCGGAGCCGUCACCGUGAUUACGGCCCAAGUUCAGAAUGAUCUGAACAUGACCACGGCGGAAUUGACCUGGUUGAGCGGUUCCUCCUCAUUGGCUGCCGGAUCCUUCCUGUUAUUCUUCGGCCGCCUGGCGGAUCUCUUCGGCCGUAAGACCCUGUUUCUAGGAAGUAUGGUCCUGUUCGCCGUCUUCUCUCUGGCGGCCGGGUUCAGCAAGACGCCGCUGCAGCUGGACAUCCUCAACGGGGUGAUGGGGUUGAUGUCGGCGGCCUCGGUGCCGCCGGGCCAAGGGAUGCUGGCCAACAUCUAUCAGCGGCCGUCCAAGCGGAAGAACCGCGUGUUCGCGUGCUUCAGCGCGGGCAACCCGAUGGGCUUCGUGUUCGGGAGUGUUUUCUCGGGAAUCGCGACGCAGCUCUUCAACUGGCGCGCCAGCUACUUCCUGCUGGCCAUUAUCUAUGUGGUGGUGGUCAUCGUGGCCGUCUUCAGUGUGCCGGUCGACAACUCGCCCAAGACGGAGAUCUCCGGGCAGGCGAUCAAGAAAUUCGACAUCGUGGGCACGCUCCUCACGAUUGCGGGGAUCGGGAUGUUCUCCGGUGCUUUGAGUCUGGGCUCCGACGCUCCCCAAGGCUGGAAGACGCCCUACGUACUCGUCCUCCUCAUUCUGGGCGCCUUGUUCAUGAUCGCCUUCGUCUUCUGGGAGAACUGGUACGCCUACCCGCUGGUGCCGAUGAGCAUCUGGCGCGACCGCGACUUCUCGCUGGUGAUCGCCAUCUUGCUGCUGGGCUUCCUGGCGUUCCCCAUCAUGUCCUUCUGGGUGUCGCUGUUCAUGCAGCGCAUCAAGGGCUACUCGCCGCUCAUGGUCGCAGUGCACAUGCUGCCCAUGGCCAUCGGCGGGAUUAUUGUGAACAUCAUCGCCGGCCUCAUCAUGCACCGCGUCUCCAACAGCCUGCUGAUGGCCGUCGGCGCCACCGCCUACGUCGGCUCUUUCUUGCUGAUGGGCCUCCAGCACUCGGACAGCAUCUACUGGGCCUUCAUCUUCCCCGGGCUGGUGCUGGCGGUCGUUGGCGCGGAUUUCGAGUUCUGCGUUGCGAACAUGUACGUCAUGAGCUCGUUGCCCCCCACGCAGCAGAGUAUCGCGGGCGGGAUCCUUCAGACUGUCACUAAAUUGUGUGUGACGAUUGGGAUGGGGAUCAGUACGGCGAUCUAUGAUGCGGUUGUGGCCAAGGGUACGGCCACCGGGGGUUAUUUUAAAGGGGAUCCGAUUGAGCCCUACAGUGCUACGUUUUUGUACUGUGCAGGGAUCGCGUCGUUGGGGAUUCCGUUGUGUGCGUUCCUGAGGAUUGGGAGCCAGGGGAAUACCGGUGGGAAGGAGGGGUCAGAGGUUGAUUCUGAGGCGCUGAGUGCGAGUAGGGGCAGCUGCUUACAUGGAAAUCGAUUGCACUACUGCGAAGAUGUACAACUCAUGAGCUCGACAUUCUCAACUACCAUGACCACCCCCUGGAACAAAGGCACGCACUCCGCCCUCGUCCCACUACCAGGACCCGAAACAGGACCCUCCCUCUUCCUCUCCGCCGCAGGCCCCGAACGCCAGAAUGCCAACGGCACCCUCGCGCCCGCCGUGAUCAUCGAAGCCGGCCUCGGCAGCUCGCACGUGGAAUGGGUCGCGGUGCAGCGCCUGCUCGCCGCGCGGGCGCGCGUCUACACCUACGACCGGGCCGGCUACGGGCGCAGCCCGCCCUCUCCGCUGGCGCCGACAGCGCACAACCGCGUCCACGAGCUGACGCAGCUCCUCGACGCAGCGCAGAUCCCGCCGCCGUACGUCUUGGUCGGUCACUCCUACGGCGGGGUCCUGGUCCGCGAGUUCCUGCGCCAACGCGGCCCCGACGUCGUCGUCGGCAUGGUGAUCGUCGAUUCGCCGCGGGCGCAAACCCCCUUACCUCCGGAUUGGCCGAGCUUGAUGGGGCGGUCGGAUUACUAUGCUAUUGUGGGGCUGGAUGAGAAUUUCGCGGUGACGCCGGAGGAGUAUCAGGCGAUUAAGGAGGAUGAGGUCAGGAACCGGGCGACGGCGGAGGCGGAGUUGGCGCUGAUUGCGGCGGGGACCAAGGACUUGAAUGAGGCGAUCCCCGAGGGGAUGCAGUCGCUUGGGGAUGGAAGGUUGAGUGUGAUUUUUGCGAAUGAGUCCGUGGAUUUUGGGAAGGUUUAUGCUUAUGGGGUGGAACAUGGACAUGGCACGGAGGAGGCGCGACAGCGGCUGGCGGACCGGUUGGCGGUCAUGGAGGAGAUGGAUGAGCGAGGGCAACGGGAGCAUCUGUCGCUGUCGAGUCGGAGUCGGUUUGUGUAUGCGAAAGGGAAGGCGAGGACGCAUAAUUUGCAGUUUGUUGCACCGGAGGUGAUUCGGGAUGAGGUGUUGUGGGUCCUGGAGUUGAUGGGUUGAGGAUUCGGGGCGAUUCUGGCUGGAUCUGGAUGGUACUUUAGGGCUGAUCAGUCGUGUACUGUUGCAUUGCGCCCUACACUGCUGGAAUAGCCCUUAUGCCUCGCAAAAUUGUCGAGCUUGCGACAGACUACAUAAUGAAAGGUGCGACAAAGCUAUAGUCAAAACCGGGGCGGAGAUCCUUAAGAGACCUGCUUUGUGUGUGAAGAGCAUUCCUAUUCAUCCUGGUCGAAGUAAAUUCAUAUACUGCUAACUCCACGGUAUUCAGUCUAU